CCCCUGGCCAUUUUGCUGUGGAGGGAGAAAUGAGGCAGCGGCAGGAGCUGCAGUGAGCACCACAGAACAGGGGGGAGAGAGACCCAGGCCCAGGAGUUGGUUGGGGGGGGUAUUUUGUGCAGCCAAAGGAAUUUUUGUGUGUGGGGGGAGGGGUGGUUGAUUUUUUUUUUGUGGGGAGGGGGGGAAAAGAAGGGGCUAGAGUGACCCCACUGGCUAAUUAUCCCCCCACUCUCCAGUGCCACCCCCCCUCACCCUCUCCUCUUCGGAUCUGUUGGAACCAUGAGCUGGGGGACCGAGCUGUGGGAUCAGUUUGACAACUUAGAAAAACACACGCAAUGGGGAAUUGAUGUUCUGGAAAAAUACAUCAAGUUUGUAAAAGAAAGAACGGAGAUUGAAAUCAGCUAUGCAAAACAACUUAGGAACCUUUCAAAGAAAUAUCAACCCAAAAAGAACUCCAAAGAAGAGGAAGAAUACAAGUACACAUCAUGCAAAUCCUUCCUAGCCACCUUGAAUGAAAUGAAUGACUAUGCCGGCCAGCAUGAAGUCAUUUCAGAGAACAUGACUUUUCAGAUCACUGCAGAGUUAACACGCUUUGUGCAAGAGCUGAAACAGGAAAGGAAAUCGCACUUUCAUGAUGGCAGAAAGGCACAACAAUACAUUGAAACUUCCUGGAAACAGCUUGAAGCAAGUAAAAGGCGGUUUGAACGUGAUUGCAAGGAAGCCGAUAGAGCACAGCAGUAUUUUGAGAAAAUGGAUGCUGACAUCAACGUUACGAAAGCAGAUGUUGAAAAGGCAAGACAGCAAGCACAAAUACGACAUCAAAUGGCAGAUGACAGCAAAGCAGAAUACUCAUCCAUUCUUCAGAAAUUUAACCACGAGCAACGCGAACAUUAUCACACACAGAUACCAAACAUCUUCCAGAAAAUACAAGAGAUGGAGGAAAGAAGGAUAGUGAGGUUAGGCGAAUGCAUGAAAACCUAUGCAGAAGUGGACCGCCAGGUGAUCCCCAUAAUAGGGAAGUGUCUGGAUGGAAUAACAAAAGCAGCAGAAUCAAUUGAUCAGAAAAAAGAUUCACAACUGGUAAUAGAAGCCUUUAAAUCGGGGUUCGAACCACCAGGAGAUAUUGACUUUGAAGACUUCACUCAGCCAAUGAAACGCACUGUCUCGGAAUCCAGCCUUUCAAAUUCCAGAUGGGAUGGAAAAUCUGAGCCCAGGCCUGGCAGCAAAUCCAAGGGCAAAUUGUGGCCAUUCAUCAAGAAAAAUAAGCUUAUGUCCCUUUUAACAUCCCCCCAUCAGCCCCCUCCUCCUCCCCCUGCCUCUGCCUCACCCUCUGCUGUUCCCAACGGCCCCCAGUCUCCCAAGCAGCAAAAGGAACCCCUCUCCCAUCGCUUCAACGAGUUCAUGACCUCCAAACCCAAAAUCCACUGCUUCAGGAGCCUAAAGCGCGGGCUUUCUCUCAAGCUGAUAACUUUGAAUACGCAGGUCUGGAAUCUAAUAGAGGGGGGAGGACCAGAGGACUUCAGCAAUCUCCCACCUGAGCAAAGAAGAAAGAAACUCCAGCAAAAGGUUGAUGAGCUAAACAAAGACAUUCAGAAGGAGAUGGAUCAAAGAGAUGCCUUAACAAAAAUGAAAGAUGUCUACAUCAAGAACCCGCAGAUGGGAGAUGCAGCCAGCGUGGAUCACAAAUUAGCUGAACUGGGACAAAAUAUGGAAAAGUUGCGACUAGAGGCCCAGAAAUUUGAGGGUUGGCUGGCCGAGGUUGAAGGCAGGCUACCUGUGCGGACUGAACAGACCAGACGACAGAGUGGAAUGUAUGACACCCAGAACACGUCAGCCGUCAAUAACUGUGCACAGGACCGGGAGAGCAGCCCAGAUGGCAGUUACACAGAGGAGCCAAGUCAGGAGAGUGAGAUGAAGGUGCCAGUGACAGAGUUUGAUGACGAGUUUGAUGACGAAGAACCACUCCCUACCAUAGGAACCUGUAAAGCCCUCUAUACGUUUGAAGGUCAGAAUGAAGGCACAAUUUCAGUAACGGAAGGCGAAAUGCUCUAUGUAAUAGAGGAAGACAAAGGUGAUGGGUGGACGCGAAUCCGGAGGAAUGAAGAGGAAGAGGGUUAUGUCCCAACAUCCUAUGUCGAAGUCUAUUUGGACAAAAAUGCCAAAGGUGCUAUGACUUACAUUUAAUAUCCUUUUUAUGACUUUGCUUGCUUUCACAGGGACAUCCCACCCUGAAACUGCUCUAUAAUGAGCCUUUUUAAGGACUACAUAAUGCCACAAAGUGCAUUAUUUCAUACUCUUAAAUAACGGACUCAUAUGACUUUAUGCACUGUGAUUUAGAUUGGUCCAAUAAGAUACUGAGUGGAAUAAAACUGUUACAAUAGGGGGCUACCCAGCCUUCUCUGGCUGAGACAGCCUCCCAUGGAUAGAGCUCAGUUACUGCCAAUAUACCACCCAGUUCAAGGUGGGGAAUAUAAGGCCAUUCUUAAUAACUAUGUGUCUUCUAGAUGAUACUCGAUAGCGACAUUUCAGCCAUAGUCAGAAGUAUGCUAUUUGUUGCAAACUGACCCCGUGAAAUGUUAUACAUGAAAUCAUUAGGGUGCUUGUUUGUCUUUCAAUGUGGCAGCUUUUCAGAGCCUAAUAUACUCUCUGUGGGCCAUGUAAAUUCAUCAUUCAGUUUGUUAGUAUUUAUGGGAAGGAGAAGGGGGUCUAUCGAAAAUGUACCCACAAAAUACUCCACCAUCCCUGGUAGAUCAAGAGAAUGGUGGUAUUCGACUAGAAUUCCCCUCUCCAUAGUUGCAGUUAAGAAAAUUCUCUUUGGGGCAUGUGUUGUUACUACUGAUGCACAGCACAGUUAGCUGUUUCAUUCUCUGCUCACGUACAAUCAGUGGAAUAUUUUAGAGCCUGGAUUCAUGCCUUUUGUUUCCCUUGUCGCUAUUUACACCUCAUGCCUGAGUCUGUGUUGUGUAAGUGAAAAGCGUGUGCAUGGAAUCCGGAUAUGCGCAUGCUGCUCCCUGCAAGUAUCUCCCUGCUGAUAAAGUCCAGUGAGCAUUCAGAGGUUCCAGCGCUGAGGGACUGACAUCCUGUUUCAAAUCAGGAAGAUUUUGAAGUUCCUUGUUAAAUAGUGCAUGGAUUUUUCAAUCAUUUAAUCCUGCAAGUUGUCAUCUUCUUUCAUAGAGUCUAAGUAUUCUCUGUGCACGAAGUCUUUGUGUCCCUUUUAAAAGGAAGAUGUAACUUUCAUGCUGGACUGUAGGCAAUAGAAAUAGAGGAGCUUCCGGUACAAAACCACACAACUUUAUUCAUUCACUUUUCUUUGGCUCAGUAUUAAGCAAUGCAGUACCAUGUCCUUUUGAAAUGACAGCUUGGAUUAUUGUUUGAUCUUGCCAUAAUUCAGAGGUCUUCUGUUUGCACUGGCAAAGAUAGGAUCAGUUGGAUCCCUUCCUUCGCCAAGAUAGUCUGUGCAGGAAAACUCAGCAUCCUGGAUCUUCUCAUUACCCUUGUAAAGUGGUAUACAAUGGAUUGCAAGUACUGCCUACACCAUAUACAUGGAAAGGCAGAAAGCUCAGCAUCAAAUAUCCCGUCAUUACCCUUGUGCUCUUUGGUAGGGAGACUGCCUGCACGCGGUGCCUGCUCCAGGCACAGUGGUAGUUGCAAGUCCAGGCUUAAUUUUUGUCCUGCAAAAGUCUCUGUUGGCCAACAGAAAACCCACCUCAAAAUAACCAUUGUUCACCCCUCCCCUUGAAUACACUGGCAUGCGUAGACAUCAGUAGAGCAACUUGUGAAGUCAGCCGCUCAGGAGCAGAGCGACAAGUUUGGUGGACUAUGCCUCUGAGCAUGCCCAUGUGUCUAAGGGCAGGGUGAAACACUUCUAUUGACUGAAACCAGCAAAAGCAAGAACCUCGUUAAUAAAGGCUGCCCCUUUGUCCUUAGCUCAGCCCAAUGUAUGAGGCUAUCGAAGGGAUCCCCCAGUCCUAGGACACAGUUGGCACCUAGCAAAAAAUCUAGUACACUGGUGGCAUUGUGCAAAUAGUAAUAAUAACCCUGUAUCAUCUUGCAUAUCAUGUGUGCAGUGUGCUACGUAAGAGUUAGUGACAGACUUGAAAGCAUUUCUGUCCCAGCCCUUGGCCAUUUGUUUCACUCUAAUUGUUUAAGUUUCCUUGAUUUUUUUUUUUCCCUAAUUGUCUGUAAAGAAAAUAGACAUGCAGUUUCAGUAAAUAAACAGCAAACAGUACAAAGUCAUGUGCAGAUAAACAAGCUGUAAUAUGCAGUAAAAGUACAAUUUAAGGCCCAUACCCUCAAAGACGUUUAAGCUCCUAACUUCUAGUGGUUUCAAUGGAAGUCAGGAGCCUAAACACCUUUGAGGAUCUGGGCCGAAUUCAUUUCCUUGAUUUGAUUAAAAUCUAUAAAAAGAACCUCCCUUAAAAAUGGUUAAGAUAUCAAUCUUAAGUGGUUCAGGGAACUUUCAGUAGGUUUAAAAAAUGAAGCAGGCCUAGACUUGGGGUAAUAUCUCAUUUGGAUCUGAUACCGUAUCAGUGGAAGCAUUUGCAUUUGUCCAUUGAAGAAGAAUUAAAAUAAAAAAUGCAACUGACCCGUAAACUAAAGUUCUUACAAGUUUUUGCAGCAUUUUUCUUCUUUUGCUUAAGGAGAAUGGGUAGCAAAUACCUUUAAAUGUUAGUUAAACAAAGUGAAAUUAGGCUGAUUUCACACCAAAUGAAUACAUUUUGUUACACCUACAGCUAACAGAAUGGGAACUUGAAAAAGGCCCGAUUCUGUGACCCUUACACAAAUAACCCCAUUGAACUCAAUGGGACUUCUCAUGUGAUGAGUAAGGGCUAUUUGCUAAGUUUAAAAUGGUAGCCAGCAAAAGAAAGUUGAGCAAACCCUAUGUCAAAAAGAACAGUAAUGUUUAUCUUGUUCGCUUUUUUCCAGAUGUGUACACAUCACUUCAGAAAAUCCCUGAGUAGGUUUGCAUAGACCUGUUCUCCUUUUGUUCUGACUUGCUUCUUCAAUUAUUUUAAGAGGUGUAUUUCAGAAGGUUUUCUUUAGAAGAGAUGAAUGCACAUGCCCUGUCAAUAAAUGAUCAUUUAUUAGGUGCAGUUCAUUCAGCCCCUGAAACUAAAGGUGCAUCGUUUCCAAUGAGGGUUUUGGCCCAGCUCUGUGGAAUAGUUGUAGACAAUAUUCCCAUUCCUUUGUAAUCCAUUCUCCUUGUGGUGCACACAUGCAGCUUCCAUUAAUGCUAGAUACUUACAUGUGCAAACUAGGAACUGAAUAUAUUGGCUAUAAACCCUCAUGUUUCAGGGAUUCUUAUGGGGGGGGGUCAGGAAUAAAAUUCCUCUUUUAGAAGGUUAUCCUAUAACUGCCUACUGCAGGGUUUCUUGCACCUUCUUCUGAAGUAUCUGGAGCAGUUGGAUACUAGACUAGUAGGACCUUUGGUCUGAUCCAGUCUGGCAAUUCCUGCAUUAUUAGAAAUUGUACCUCCUAGCCCACUUAGGAGCAAAACUGUCUGUCUCUGAGUGACAUAAAGAUUGAUAAUCAAAAGAAAUUACUCUAAUAUUAAGAGAGUAAUUUUAUGUAACUUCCCGCUGCUCUCAACAAACAUGCCCAGUUCACUUCCCCUAGAAAUAUUGCCUGUUUGAGUGACAAACAAUGAACAGAGCCGGUUUCAGAGGUUUUAUUUCUUGAAGCAAAUGUUGGGCCCACAGUCUGAUUAGUAUUUCAGUCGCCUUGCUCCUGUUGGCUCCAUUCUCCCCACUGUGUGUAUAUAAAUCUAUCGACAGCUCUAGGAUUCUGGCUUUGUUGCAGCUCUGCUGUUUGUUCACCACAACUGUAACCCAGGUUCUUGAUUAUUAUUUUUUUAACCACGCUGAGGCACUUUUUAUCUAGGAUAUACAAUAUGAUUACUUACGCUUGCCAAAAUAUUUAGGAGACCGUAAUUAUGAACUGGAUUAUGACAUCUUUUUUAGUUUAAUUCCUUUUGUUAAAUAUAUGUCCAUAGUGCUCCCCAUAAAAAGAAUAAUUUGUAUAUAAUGUAACUUAAUAACUAAAGGUACUUGGAUUUUGAUUUUUAUAUAUAUAUACAUAUAUAUAUUAAAAAUGGUUUUAUUUGCUGUUCUAUUGCUUAACCCAAUCUUUGUUUUGAUAACCAUUGAGUAAGACAAAAUCUUGUUAAGUCGAUAACUUUUUUUUGUGUUUCCUGCUGCCUGCCUCUGAUUGGACUUAUAGAAACUUCUGUUCUGUGUUAAAGUUUGUUACAUCUGAUCAAUGUGAUUGUUCCUUUUCUAUUCUUAUUCUUUAAAGAAAACUCAUCUACUGGGUGAGGGUCUCUCCCCGUAGCUAGCUGUACCAUCAUCUCUUCCUCUAAUAAACAUAUUUUCUCAUUCU